AUGGGAGAAACACGUGACAGGGAGGGUGGGGAGCCGGAGGCGGAGGAAGAGUCGGAGCAGGCGAGUAGCGAGGGGGGGGAGUCUGACGAGUGCGAGGAGGGCGUGAAGGACAAGGCAGCGACGCGACGGCGGAGAUCAGCCGCGGGUACCGCGUCCCGGAGGAGCGGGACAGCGAAGAGAUUAAAGGCGGAGGCAGAGAGGGGGAGCGGGAGUAAGGCAUCCAAGGAGGAGUUGGAGAUUAAGUACGGGUUCAGCGACGAGGAGAUCGUCGCGGCGCGAUCCGCAUUGAUGGAAUGGUACGACGCGAAUAAACGUGAGCUGCCGUGGCGAGCGGCCGCAGGGAGCGACAAAGCGGAGCAGAUGGAGGAGGGGCGCAACGACGGCAGGGAGGCACAGGAGGCGCAAGGGGAGGAAAGGGGGGAGCGGGAGGAGCGGGAGGAGCGGGAGGAGCGGGAGGAGCGGAGGGCGUACGGCGUGUGGGUGAGCGAGGUGAUGCUGCAGCAGACGCGCGUGAGCGUGGUGGAGCCCUACUUCCGCCGCUGGAUGGCGCGCUGGCCCUCCCUCCCCCUCCUCGCUGCAGCCUCCCUCGAGGAGGUGAACAGCAUGUGGGCCGGGCUGGGCUACUACCGCCGCGCCAAGUACCUGCUGCAGGUUCCCUCCCCACUUGCCCAUGCAUCACGUCACACGCGCCAUGCACUGCCCUGCAUAGCCGCGCACAUCCCUGAACCCAUCCUGUUUGUUCCCUCCGUGCCAUGGCGCUGGGCUACAAGCGCCUGCACAUCCCUCGCUGCACUCCCCCUUCGUUUCCCCACACUCCUUGUGUCUCUCGCCCCUCUCACGCUUCCUCCUCCUGUUCUCUCUGUCGCCCUCCAACACAGCAGCAACAGCAUCGCAGCUGCAGCAGCAGCCGUGAGCUCAUCCCCCAUCGUCUCUCUCUCUCCUCUCCCACUCGUCCCCCGGACGCUCCCCAUGGGCCCCUGGCAGGGGGCGCGGCACAUAGAGCAGCGGCACGGGGGGCGCAUGCCGCGCACAGCCAGGGAGCUGCAGGCCGUGCCGGGCAUCGGCCCCUACACCGCCGCUGCUGUCGCCUCCAUCGCCUUCCGCCAGGGCGCUGUUGGAUCCCAUCCCAGUGAUGAAAGCCGCGAGACACAUGGGCACAGCAUGUUCAAGCAUGCCUGUGGCCGGGUGGAGGUUGUGGGGUCAGGGACAGUAAUGGCAGCGGGUGAGCUCCCGUAUCUGCACCACCAUCUCAUCUCGUGCAUCCCCUCCUCACACCCGCUCUGCUCUUCCCCACCCCUCCCUCACGUGCCAGCAUGCAACCACUCGUCCCUCCCCACUCCCCCCUCUCCCCAGCCAGUGGCAGUGGUGGAUGGCAAUGUGACGCGCAUCAUAUCACACCUGAGAGCCCCAGUGGCAGCGGUGGAUGGCAAUGUGAUGCGCAUCAUGGCGCGCCUCAGAGCUGUGCCGCUGCCCAUGCAUGAGAGCGCCGCCACCUCGCUCUUCUCCCACCUCGCCUCCCAACUGCUGCACCGCGCCCGCCCUGGGGACUUCAACCAGGCGCUGAUGGACCUGGGCUCCCUUGUGUGCUCCCCCUCCUCCCCCUCCUGCUCCGCCUGCCCCCUCUCGCCCCACUGCCGCGCCCUCUCACUGCAGCAGCAGGGGGCACGCAGAGGGGAGGGGGGCGAGGGCAGAGAGGGCGAGGGGGCAGUGAGAGUGACGGACUUCCCUGUGCGCAAGGCCAAGGCACCACCCAGGGAGGAGUGGGUGGCCGUGUGUGUCGUGGAGAGGAGGGGUGCGGGGGCGCCAGCACCGGCAGCAUCGCAAGCAUCAGAGUUCCUUGUGGUGCAGCGGCCACCUACCGGACUGCUGGCAGGGCUGUGGGAGUUCCCCUCUCUGGUUGUGGCCUCGGGCACAGGGAAGCCAUCAGACGUGCAAAGGAGGCGAGCUGUCAAGCAGCUGCUGGACCAAAUGCUUCCCUUUGUGACUAUAGAGGGGUCUGGACAGCUCAGCUCGGAGGGGAGAACGCUGCAGGAGGGGAAGAAUGAGGUGGCAGGGAGCAAGUGGCGUGUGAUAGAGAAGCAGGAUGUGGGCGAGACGUUGCAUGUCUUCUCCCACAUACACCAGCAUAUGCUAAUCGAGAAAAUUGUGAUUGUAGAAGGAGAGAAGGCAGGAGAUCCGGUAGUCUGGGAGUGCAACACAGGAAACGCAGUGGCCAGAUCGAGAGGGAAGCUAGCUGGUUGCCUGGAGAAUAAUGAGGAUGCCUGCUUACUACCAGUCCAUCAGCAAUGGUGCUGGCGCAGUGAGACGGAAAUUGAAAAAAUGGGUCUGUCGAGUGGUGUCAGAAAGGUGUGGGAUGUUACUUUUCUUCCUCGCCUCGCCACUAUCCACUCCAUUCGAUUCCCUCGUCGUCCCUCCCCUCUGUGUGCUCCCAGCACACCAAGGAGCAGUGUGACUGGCUCCUGCCAAGCCGCGUCCUCUCCUUUCCACUCGCGUCGGCUGUCCGCGUCGAUUACCAGUCAUUCGCCGUUAUUCGCGCACUCCGCCAUGGCGCCCAGUUUCGGCCGACCCUGGUUCGCCAUUUUCAACACGAAUCCCGUGCAGGUCAAGGAAGAGAAGCCGCCCAUGCCGCCGUCGAUUGACUUUCAGCCGUCGAUUCGCGUGAGUCAAUUCGGCGGGAAGAGCCAGCGGCAGCUCGCAGGCGUCUCCAGCAGCCCGCUCGUGCAGGACCACGUCGCCGCCGUCGCAAUGCGCGCCCGCCUCGAGAUGCGCAAGGGAUUGCCGCAGAGCACCGUGCGCCUUCUCGAUCCACCGACGAUGUCGCUGUCAAGCGCCGCCCCCCGAACCAGUCUUCCGCCGGCGGCUUCCGCCACACUAACCCCCCCGCUCAGCGCCAACACUGAAGCCGCUUCCGGAAGAUCGAGCGCCACCAGUCAAAAUUCUUCCGCCGUCCCGCCGGAACCUGUUGGGAUGAGAAAACAUCCUUCCGCCUACCCUCCGCCGCUAACAAUCCCCCCGCUCGCGCCAAGCCCCUCCGCACCCAUCACCCCCCACGGCACGUCCGCCAUGCAGCCGCCCCACACGCCUGGAUUGACGACAGCAGCUCGGGCAACCGCAAUCGCGCCAAUGACGGCGGAAUCAGAUCUGGUGGCGGCGCCGCUUAAGGUGGCGGCGCAGUGGAGCCGAGAGGAGUGGCUGCUUGUGGUGCGCGCUGUGGAAGCCGGCGCGACAAGGUGCCUGAACUGCCCGAAGCAGUCCGAUUCCAUGGCCGCCGCAACACACGGCGCCAUCCAUCUCAUCCAAAGCCUUAAAACGACAACUGCCGCGUCGACGCCAGGGGUGAAUCCGACAACGAAACCAGGCUCGGCGAAAGGCUCGGGGUCCGGUCUGGAGCAGUUCUCAAGCCCUGCCGCUCCCCCGGCAGGCGUGCCGAAAGUGGAAAUCCCUGCGUCACCUUCGCAGCGCAAUCUGUUUCACACCACGUCAUCAGGGUCAUCUGAUGACACCACAUUCGUCGAUGAUUCCGCCACGCUGGCGAGCCGCACCUCCACUGGCUCCGCGUCGACUUCCGACGACGACUACACCGUCAGCGCCGCGACGCGAUACGGCAGCUACAGCAGUUUCAACAACAGCGGCAACAAGAGCGCAGCGAGCGCUCAAGCGCCUUCCACGUUCAUGCUUCCGAGCCCCUCCGGUUGCCCUCGCACGCCUUUCUCGCAUCUCAUGCCACCGCCGCCGGCGAACCAGCAAGCCGUCACUUCCCGCGGCUUGCCGGCUGGCAGCAUGAUCUUGCCCAGCCGAGCCGACGCGUCGGAGGAGCUCCCCGCGUGUCCGUUCCUCGGCCACUCCGCGCGCUACAGCAGCUACGAGACAAAAGACGCCAGCCGCGGUACCGAGCCUCCCUCCCCGGCGGCAGUCGCGCGAACGAUGCCGUUCGGCGCCAUGCCGACACGCCGCAGCGCCGACGCGUCUCUCCCAGUGCGAUCCGCGACGGCGGGCUCGGUAAGCGCAGCCGGGGCGAGCGGGAGCCGCAGCAUGGGGAUGAGCGCGAGCGGCGUGCAGGUGGACGCGAUGAAUCGCAAACUGCUGACGGUGAUCACCAAGACGCAUGAAAUCUUCUCGCGCGACCUCACUCCCAACGGCUCGCAGGUCGCCGAUUACCUGCUCUCGCAGCUGCUCGAGCUGACGCAGUCCGAGUCGGGCUUCAUCGCGAGCGCGCUGAAGCGCGCCGAUGGGUCGCUGUACCUCAAGACGCACUCCAUCACCAACCUCGCGUGGAACCGCGAGCUGCGCGCGUGGUACGCGGAGAACGCGCCGAAAGGGCUCGUGUUCGGCAAUCUCAAGACCAUCUUCGGCCGCGUCGUGACGUCCGCUGAUGUUGUUAUCAGCAACGACGUGCCCAACGAUCCGCGCGCGUCGGGACAAGGCGUGCCGCCCGGGCACCCAGUGAUGCGGAGCUUCCUGGGCGUGCCCUUGUUUUCCGGGCCGGAUCUGGUGGGCAUUUACGCGGUGUCGAACCGCGAGGGGGGCUAUAACGAGGGGCUGCUGAUGAGCAUCCAGCCCGUGACUAAGACGGUGGCGCAGGUGGUGGUGGGCGUGCAGCAGCGGCGCAAGAAGUGGGAGGCGGAGGAGCGACUCAACGACAUGCUCGAGGCAACGCAGCAUGCAAUGGUGGCGGUGUCAGCGGACGGCAAGCUCACGUGCGCCAACCGGGCGGCACGCACGCUCUUUGCACUCGAGAGCAGCAGUGAGGGCGACGGCGAUGGGACAGGUGGCAAGCUGCCAUCGGGGCUGAAGCUGGCGGACGUGCUGGUCAGCAUAGAUGGCGAUGAGGGCUACAUGCAGCACGGCCUGGAUGCCUUCGCCGAGGAGUCGCUUUAUGAGUGGCCGGCACAAGGGCGGCAACAACGGCAACACGACGAAGAAGCAGCAGGCAGCAUGGCCUUGAGAAUCACUGUGGCGCGAGGCUCCUCCAGUGAUGUGAAAUUCGUGGUCACUGCAAGGGAGGCUGCUGCGGGGCAUGCAAAGCACGCAGCAGAGGAGGCUGAUGGUGGUAGAAGCGGUUUUGAGCAUGGCCAUGAGGGGAAUGAGGUAAAGCAUGUGAAUGGGGACCAGCAGCACUUUUACAUUAAUAACUUUAAGGUGGAUGGAGAUACGCCAGAUAAGGUGUUGAAGGAAAAUCAGAUUACUAGUUAUCUCUACUCUCCAUUGGCUCAUCGGACCAUGUCUUACUCCAUGGCUCGACUAUCUGUCGCUCUGUUUGCCACCGCCAUUCUCGCAUGCGUCUCCGCUACAGUGGUUGGCGGCGAACGCGAAAUUGAGACCCUCACAUCAGAAGUACGACUUGCGUCGGAGGAUCCACGGUAUUACGAGGAAAGAAUCGCUGUUGCAUCUGCGGACCUGAUCGCCCGUCGAAAGCUGAAGUCGUCCAAGAGCAGCAAGAGCGACAAGAGCAGCAAAAGCGACAAGAGCAGCAAAAGCGACAAGAGCGACAAGAGCAGCAAAAGCGACAAGAGCGACAAGAAGAGCAAAAGCAGCAAGAGCGUCAAGAGCGAUGAGAGCAGCAAGAGCGGGAAGAGCAGCGGAAAGUCUAGCAGCGGGAGCGGAAAGCCUCGAAACUGCAAGAAGUGCCGCUUGGGUGUGACGGCAGCGGCAGGGGCGGAAAAGCGCAAGUCGGGCGUGUGGACGACGAAUCCCGUGGACAAGUGCUGGUGGUCCUUGGACUGGAAGACCAACCGCCAGGAGCUCGGCAAUUGCGCGCCGGGUUUCGCCAAGGGCACGACGGGCGGAAAGGGCGGAAAGCUGUACAUCGUGACGACGGAGGCGGACGACCCUGUGAGCCCAAAGGAGGGCAUGCUGCGACACGCCAUCAUCCAGGAGGAGCCGCUGUGGAUCGUGUUUGAGCGCGACAUGGUGUUCGACAAGCUCAAGGCGGAGAUGAUGGUCGCCAGCGAUAAGACCAUCGACGCGCGCGGCCGCGCCGUCGUCAUUGAGAACGGCCCGUGCGUCCGCGUGGAGCGGGCCAACAACGUCAUCAUCGAGUCUGUCAUCUUCCGCAACUGCACCAUGCGCAGCGGCACGAUCAAGGUGCGGUCUGCGAGGGGCGUGGAGGUGAAGGAUUGGCGCGACGGAAACGCGGUGGAGGUCUGGGGGUCUACCAAGGUUUGGAUCGACCACUGCGGCUUCGAAAAGGCGCUCGACACGCAGGUCAACAUCGUUGUCGGCUCGACGAGCGUGGCGGUUACCAACAACUAUUUCGUGAACCAGGACGAGGUGAUUCUCAUGAGCAACGACGACUCGGCGACGGAAGACGCUAACAUGCGCGUCACGGUCGGGCUCAACGUGUUUGGACCCAACUGCAACCAGCGCAUGCCGCGCGGCCGGCACGGGCAGUUCCACGUGGUGAACAACUACUAUCCGAACGGCUGGGGUAUCUACGCCAUCGGCGGCUCCGCUAACGCACGCUUCCGCAGCGAGGCGAACUAUUUCGUCGCGGGGGAUGUGAAGGAGGUGACGAAGCGGCAGGACACGCACGGGUGGGAGGCGAAGCAGAUUAGCGACAAGUCGUGGACCAAGAUCAAGGUGUCGAGUGCGGGCUGGCAGAACUGGCCGUGGCAGUCCAUCGGAGACCACUUCGAGAACGGCGCCUUCUUUACCGAGUCCGGCAGCAAUGUCUUCGAGCCGCCCUACGUCUUUAAUGCCGUCCCCGCUAAGGACGUCCCCAAGGCCACCGACAGAGCCGGGCCGCUGUUCCGGCGGUAUCAGAAGCAGGUGUGA